AUGGUGGAGCCAUUAAUCUACUUAUUUAUACCAACUGCAUUGCCACACUCUUCCAUACAUAAACCUAUUUUCAACCUUCAAUUUUUGGUCCCUAGAUCCCAAUCUGCAUUUAACCAUAUAGCCACUUUUUUUUCACUAUUGGUAGUCUGAUAGUAUUCUAUGCCUUCUCAUUUCUGUCUCCCGUUUAUGGCUUCCAUUUUCUCUCUGUUUCUUGCUUUUCUCAUGAUUUCCUCAAGCAAUGGCCAGGGUCAACCUUCCCCUGGAUACUCCCCCAGCUCCAGGGUUAGUUCUGUGAACUUUGAUCAAGGGUUUAGAAAUCUAUGGGGUCCUCAGCAUCAGAGAGUAGACCAGGGUUCAUUAACAAUCUGGCUUGAUAAAAGCUCAGGAAGUGGUUUCAAGUCACUUCAGCUGUACCAAUCCGGAUAUUUUGGUGCUGCCAUAAAGCUCCAAUCUGGUUAUACAGCAGGAGUCAUUACAUCUUUUUAUCUUUCAAACAAUGAAGAUCACCCUGGAAACCAUGAUGAAAUUGACAUCGAGUUCCUUGGAACAACACCAGAUAAGCCCUAUACUCUGCAGACUAAUGUGUAUAUUAGAGGAAGCGGGGAUGGAAAUAUAAUUGGAAGGGAAAUGAAAUUUCAUCUAUGGUUUGAUCCAACACAAGGCUACCAUAACUAUGCUAUACUGUGGACCCCUAGUGAGAUUAUAUUUUUCGUAGAUGAUGUGCCCAUUCGGAUGUACCCAAGGAAGAGUGACGCCACGUUUCCCACAAGACCGAUGUGGGUGUACGGAUCGAUAUGGGAUGCUUCAUCUUGGGCCACGGAGAAUGGAAGAUACAAGGCUGAUUAUAGCUACCAACCCUUCAUUGGUAGGUACAAAGAUUUCAAAGUAAGUGGCUGCACCGCCAAUGGCCCCGCCUCCUGCCGCCCGCCCUCUGCCUCACCAUCCGGCUCUGGAAGCCUUAGUCGACAACAAGUGAAGGCCAUGACUUGGGUCCAAAGGAACUAUUUGGUGUACGACUAUUGCCAUGACCCUAAGAGGGAUCAUACUCAAACACCUGAAUGCUAAUUAAGAAUUGGUUAUUAAAAUUUUACAAGAUGCAAUAUUUUUUAUAGUUGUUAAAUUGGAGGGUUCCUUUAGAUGGGUCCUGCUUCCAGGAACAGGUGCAAGAGUGGUUGAGUGUCCAAAGCCCUCUAAGAUUUGCAUGUCUUUGUUGUUUUGUUAUUGGAAUAAAAUGAUUAUAAAAGUGUUUUUAUAAAGAAAGAAAAGUACAUAGGAGAAUUUGACAUGAGACAUCAAAGAAGGUUUUCAAU